CUCCAACUGGCCUCUCUCUCUCUCUCUCAGUUUCUUUUGUCUUACACGUGUUUCCCCUCUGGGAUCUCGAGCUUCUCGUUGUUGCUCUUGCUUUCGACGCCAUCUUCCAUUUACUUCGCUUGAAUCGACCCAGUGAUCUCUGCUUGGAUCUUCGAUGAUCGGAGACUCUCCCACUGCCCGUCUCAUCCCGUUCCAGGGAUCGAAAAUUGUAUGUUCUCGAGACUGACUAAGAUUCUGUCAGAUGCGAACGGGAGUCAACGGUGUCUACAGUUUCUCUCUCGCAUUCCUUUUCUUCACUCCGUCUGGUUGCCUGUGAAACCCUAUUUCCCCGAAGCAAAUGGCGGGAAAUUCCACUUGAGCUGGAAUUGGAAACUUGGGAUUUUGCUGAAAUGAAGAGGAAGGUAACACCGCAGAAAUCUCUAUUCAAAUGCAAGAGGAAGCUAAUGGUCCUGCUGCUAUUUGCUUUUUGCUUGGCGAGUUUCGCCUUUAUGCAAGCUCAGUACAGUGGAAUCAUGGCGUCAUUCGAUUCGUUGAAGCCUCGUCUAGUUCAGACACCGAAGGUUGCCUUCCUUUUCAUCGCUCGGAACCGGCUUCCUCUCGAUAUCGUCUGGGAUGCAUUCUUUAAGGGGGGGGAGGACAACUUCUCCAUCUUUGUUCACUCUAGGCCUGGAUUUCUUCUCAAUGAGGCAACAACUCGGUCCAAGUACUUUCUGGAUCGCCAAGUUAAUGAUAGUAUACAGGUAGACUGGGGAGAGGCAACCAUGAUUGAAGCAGAACGUAUAUUGCUCAGACAUGCGCUUAGAGAUCCUUUCAACCAUCGAUUUGUUUUUCUGUCUGAUAGCUGCAUACCUCUCUACACUUUCAGCUACACAUAUGACUACAUCAUGUCAACUUCAACUAGUUUCGUCGAUAGCUUUGCAGAUACAAAAGAGGGUCGCUAUAAUCCUAGAAUGGAUCCCAUAAUUCCUGUUCAUAACUGGAGAAAAGGAUCACAGUGGGUUAUUUUGAACAGAGAGCACGCGGAGAUAGUGGUGAAUGAUACCACUGUAAUUCCGAUGUUUCAGCAGCACUGCAGGAGGAAAUCACUUCCUGAGUUUUGGCGUGAUCGUCCCGUGCCGGCUGAAGGUUGGAAGGAGCACAACUGCAUACCUGAUGAGCACUACGUCCAGACAUUAUUGGCUCAAGAAGGUCGUGAAGGAGAACUCACUCGGAGGUCACUGACAUACUCAGCAUGGGACCUUUCGUCCUCCAGAGAGAAUGAACGCCGUGGAUGGCAUCCUGUCACUUACAAGUUUGUCGAUGCUACUGCUGAACUUAUACAAUCCAUCAAGGCUGUAGACAAUAUCUACUACGAGACGGAGUACAGGAGAGAAUGGUGUAGCAGCAAAGGGAAGCCAUCCCCAUGCUUCCUCUUUGCUAGGAAAUUCACUCGUCCUGCUGCUCUACGCCUUCUCAAUGACUCUAUAUUGUUGCGAGGCAACGAACAGAAGAAUUGAGCCCUGACCCCUCCAAGGGGGAACGUGUAGAGUGUGUAGUUCCGACAGUAACAGCAUAUACAAAUACAAUUGUCGUGUAAACCUGGGACUAUAGAUGAAGGGACCUGAAAUUUAUAGAGGAAUAAAUGGAUAUGUAUUACAUUUUUCCUUUUGUUAUGUGUUUUACUAUUUA